AUGCCUCGAAAAUUACGUGAAAGCAUGCCGAAAAAUGAUUGUGAACAUUGUGGUAACGCGUCACACGUUUCAACAAAUUGUCCUUUAAUACUAAUUAGUGAUGACGAAGACCACGAGGAAAAUCAGCAAGAAAAACAACAAGUAGAAAUUUUAGAUUCUUUUAAUAGUAAUAAUGGGAUAAAUAUUAUAGAUGAUAAUGAUUUUAAAACACCAACAAGUCAAAGAAUUAUCAAUUAUAUUCCUGCUCAACUUCAUUAUAAUAACUUUGAUGAUAUGAGUAGUGUUGUGGAUACUUUGGAUAGUGAAGUUGCUGAAUCAAGUAAUGCAGCAACUGCAGUAAAUAACAAUAUUGAUAAAGGUAAAGCGGUUGAAUUAAUUGAUCUUGUUACACCUGGUAGUAGUGAUAAUGGUAAUCAUGAAAUUGAUGAAGUCGUUGAUCUUGUUUCACCAACUGUUGCUACUAAUCGUGGUAAAAAACGCGAAAAUGAAGGUGAAGAAGAAAAAGAAAGUUCAUUUACCAAAAAGAUUAAAAGGGCAUUUGAGAUUUCACGAGCUGCUAUUCCUACUACCUUCGUAUCAGCUUCAUCUCUUUUAUCUCAAGUCCCACAAACGUUUCAAACAGAGGUUAUACCAUUCGCUAUUGAUUUGAAUCAAUUAAGAAGACAAAUGGAACAAUUUCACAGUCAAUUUAUUGGUGAUAAUGUUGAUCAACUAGAAGACGAUGACAAUUCUAUUCAAAUAUUAUAUGGAAAUAUUAAAUCAAAAGUUGUUGGAAUUAGAUAUUAUAAUGGAACAGUUAAUAGAAAUGAAGCUGUCUCGAUUACUAGAGAGCCGGAUAAUAUAGCUGAUUCAAAUGCAUUAAGAGUUGAUAAUAUUCUUGGAAAUCAAGUUGGUCAUAUUCCAAGAGAUAUCGCACGUAUUUUAGCACCAAUGAUUGAUUCAAAUGAAAUAAGAAUUGAAGGUACUAUUAGUGGUAGGAGUGGAACACAUCAUAUUCCAUUACUUAUUAAUGUUUUUGGUUCGCCGGAAAAUGAGGAUGAGAUCAAAAGGAAAUUGAGAUCAAAAGUUUCUCUUGACCCACCAACUCUGACCGCAACAAAUAGUAGAGGAAAAGGUUCUAGAUCCAAAGAUAGAUUAAAAGGAAAUGAUGCAUGGCAAGAAUUAAUUUCAAAGGGAACCCAAAUUGAUUCUACGGAUAAGCAAAUACUAAUGAAAAGACUUGGAAUUGAAGAAACAGAUUUAGCAAGAUUAGCUGAAGCCACGCAACCAACAUCACUAAUCACAAAUUUAUUAAAGUAUCAACGACAAGGAUUGGGUUGGAUGUUGGCUCAUGAGCAUCCAGAUGAGCCUACUAUUGAAAAAGCAACGCAAUUUUGGAUGAUAAAGAAUGAACGUGGAACAUCUCAAUAUUAUAAUAUAGCCACCAAUUUUUCUACUACCACUAAACCCGUAUUUGCUAGAGGUGGUAUUCUUGCUGUACCUUUAAGUCUUAUUGGAAAUUGGACUGGGCAAAUUGAAAUGCAUGCUCCAGAUGUGCUCUCAAUCUAUGUUUUUCAUGGUAAUCAUCGUAACGACAAUCCAUACUUUUUAGCAAGUCAUGAUGUUGUAAUUACAACAUAUAAUAUGUUAUCCGUAUCAGGUAAUAAUCAUAAAAAAGGAUUAUUUGCAGUGAAAUGGAGAAGAAUAGUGUUGGAUGAGGGACAUAUUAUCCGAUCCAAAAAAACCAAACAAAGUGAAGCUGCUUUUGCUUUGGAGGGUGAGAGAAGAUGGAUUUUGACUGUAAAAUUUUUAAGAAUCAAUCCAUUUGAUGACUUAAACUGGUGGAAUAGGAUAUUUGUUAGACCUAUUAAAAAUGGUGACCCGGUUGGAGUUGAACAACUCAAAGUAUUAAUGAGAACAAUCUGUCUAAGACGUACAAAAGAUAUGAAGUUUGAUGGUAGACCUAUACUUGAGCUGCCACCAAUUACUUCUUAUUUACAUAAAAUUCAAUUUACUCCAGAGGAAAAAAAAAAAUACGAGUUCAUGGAAAAUGAUGCUCAAUCUCAAUUUAAGAAAUGGCGAAGCACCGGUGAAGUUAUGAGUCAUUAUUCAAUAAUUUUAGAAGUAUUGACAAGGCUAAGACAAAUAUGUGAUCAUCAUAAAUUGUGUGAACAUCGAUUAAAUUCACUGAUUGAAAGAAAUCAAAAGGAAAUUGCUGAUGCACUGAAUAAUGAAGACUUACAAGACUUGUAUCGUAUACUCCAAACAACGAUUGAUGAUAACGAAGAUUGCUGUAUUUGUUUGGAAACGCUUAGUACACCAAUUAUUACACCUUGUAGGCAUGUAUUUGACAGAGAUUGUAUUGAAAAGGCAUUGGUUAAAAGCGAGUCAUGUCCUUUGUGUCGUAAUCAUGUUUCUAAAAAUCAAUUGAUCGAUCCUCCUCCAGUACCAAUUGAAUCUUCGGAACAAACUAAUGAUGAUAUUGAUGAAUACGAGGAUGAGAAUGAUUUUUCAAAAAGUAAAAGUGAUUAUAUUCCAAGUUCAAAGAUUGAAGCUUUAAUGGAUUUUCUAAAAGUUUCAAGCAAGAAUGAUCCGAGCACCAAAUCUGUUGUAUUCAGCCAAUGGACAUCGUUUUUAGAUUUGAUAGAGAAAGCAUUGAAUCUUUAUGGUUUUACAUUUGUUAGAUUGGAUGGUAAAAUGCAAAGACAUAAACGAGAUGAAGUGAUAAGAUUGUUCCAAACUGAUGGUUCAAUCCAAAUAUUUUUAGCUAGUCUCAAGUGUUGCUCCUUGGGAUUGAAUUUGACGGCUGCUAAUCAAUGCUUUAUCAUGGACCCUUGGUGGAAUCCGAGUAUUGAGGAUCAGGCAGUUGAUCGAGUUUAUAGAUUGGGACAAACAAGACCAGUCUCAAUAUUUAGAUUUGUAAUCCAGGAUACAAUUGAAGAACGAGUGAUGAAAUUGCAAGAAAGGAAAAGAAAAUUGGUGUCCAAUGCAUUUGGGGAAAAGAUUAGAGAGGAUGCAAGUAGAGUCAGGGAAG